AAGGAGAUCUAAAACAAAAUAACCGCAAUUUUAACAAAACAUAGCGUCGUGGUAAAUUAUACCGCUUUAGAAGAACUAGUUCUCCGUUGCAUGUUACGCUUCUAAACUGUGUUCCCAAUAGAGGAUCUCUGACGCAGUGCACCACUUCCUGGUUGGUGGUGUGUGUUGCCGCCUAACUUUGAGCGGCAGCAGCAGCAGCAGCAACAACAACAACAAGAUUUUGUUCGUCUGGCGCCACUUUCACAUCCCGCCUCAGUUUAGUCCUACAAGAGACAGUUUAUUCAUUUACAAAAUGUCUUUUACCCCAAAGAGGCCUCGCUCUGAUCAAAUGAACGACUCCAUGGAGAAGAGGAUAAAGCGGAUCUCAAUCGAGGGGAAUAUCGCUGCCGGUAAGUCGACAUUUGUACGCCUUCUUGCUCAGGAGUGCUCGGACUGGGAGGUGGUACCGGAGCCCAUCGCCAGGUGGUGCAACGUGCAAACAAGCGGCAGCGACUAUGAGGAACUGACGUCGUCCCAGAGGUGUGGCGGCAACGUGCUGAAGAUGAUGUACGACAAGCCCGAGAGGUGGGCGUACACCUUCCAGAGUUACGCCUGCAUCAGCCGCGUGCGCGCCCAGAUCCGCUCGGCCAACGGGAAGCUACGGGAGGCGGAGGAUCCCGUGCAGUUCUUUGAGCGCUCCAUCUACAGCGACAGGUACAUCUUUGCGGCCACCCUCUACGAGAGCGAGUGUCUGAACGAGACGGAGUGGUCCAUCUACCAGGACUGGCACGGCUGGCUGCACAGCCAGUUUGGCCAGCACAUCCAGCUGGAUGGCAUCGUCUACCUGCGAGCCCCACCUGAGAAAUGUCUGGAGCGGCUGCACCUGCGAGGUCGUGAGGAAGAGCAGGACAUCCCUCUGGAGUAUCUGGACAAGCUCCACUUCAAGCACGAGAGCUGGCUGCAGCACAAGACCAUAAAGACGGACUUUGAGUACCUCAACGACGUGCCGGUCCUGACGCUGGACGUGACGGAAGAGUUCAAAGGCAACAAGAGCAAGAGUGCCGACAUGCUGGAGAAGGUGAAAGAGUUCCUGAGCACCUUGUGAGGCCCACGGAAGAGGAGGGAAAAACACUUUUCCCCAUUUUUAAACAAUGACAUAUCUCUUCAGAGAUGUUUUAAUUUUGUUAUUAUAAUUAUUAUUAUUACUUGAAUGAAAUGACAUUUUUGUACUUUUUAACAACAACAACAGCCCUUCAGUGUGGUUUUAGAGGUUAUGCUGGUUGUGGGACGACGGCUUGGAAAAAUGAAAUAAACUUGAAUGAGUUAAAGAUAAAAUACAAUUGAAUAUGUUUUCCAAAGUGGCGGCCAGAAAGACGAGGUAGACCUCCGCCAAGGCUUUUAAGCGUUACAUGUUUGAUUCAGAUCAGAUCUCACCACUUUUGAUCAUGUAUAGACUUACUGGAUCAAACAUGUUCAUCGUAAAAAAUAAUAAUAAUAAUAAUUAUUAUAUAAAUACUACUCAUUAAAUACAUUUUUAACUUCCUUUUUAAAUAUUAAAAUGUAAAUUAAAAAAUAAAAUUAAUUAUAAAAAAAUACUGCUUAUGUGCCCUGCGAUUGGCUGGCGACCAGUCCAGGGUGUACCCCGCCUGUCGCCCGAAAUCAGCUGGGAUAGGCUCCAGCAUGCCCCUGCGACCCUAAAGAGGAGAAGCGGCAUAGAAAAUGGAUGGAUGGACUACUCAUAAGUCAUAAAAUGUAUCUUUAACCUUCCUUUUUAAAUAAUAAAAUGAAAAGAAAUUUUUUUGAUUAUGAAAAUUCUACUCAUGAAAAUCAUUAUAAAAUAUAUUUUUAAAUAUUCAAAAUAAAAUAGAUAUUUUUUUAAUUAUAAAAAUACUACUCUAAAAAUCCUAAAAUACUGUAUAUCUGUAACCUUUUCUUUUUAAAUAUUAACAU